AUGAGUAGUCUUUGGGAUGAUCUUUUGGAUGGUUCCAAUGAUGAUCUUUUGGAUGGUUCUGAGAAUGAUCUUUGGGAUGGUUCCGAAGAUGAUCUUUGGGAUGGUUCCGAAGAUGAUCUUUGGGAUAGUUCCGAAGAUGAUUCUUGGGAUGAAAUUAGACAAAUUUUACUGAAACUUCAAGAAAAAUAUGGUAGUGUAUUUGAAUUAUAUCUAGGUGUUAAUCGUAAAAUUAUUAUCAGAGAUCCCAAGUUAUUGGAUGAAAUUUAUAAUAAAAGUUUGAGCUCUGUAUUUCAAAAACGUAUUAUACCAGGAGCCGUUUCGUUAGGAUUGGAUGAAAAAAAUAAAAAUAUUUUUGAUAAAGAAGAAAAAAAUGAUGAUGACGAUGUGUUGACAAUAUUAGUAGAUGAAGAUAUUAAAAAUAAGUCAUGCAAUGUUAUGGAAAUAGAUGAUAUGAAAAUAAAUAAUAAAAAUAUCAUAAGUUUGUUAAAUGAGAUGAUUAAUGGUGGAGUGAUUACAACAGUAAAUUCCAUUAAAUUUUUGAUAUAUCAAAUAUAUAAACACUCAGAGGUUAGAGAGAAAGUUUAUGAUGAAAUUAAAAAUAUUUUUGAGAAUGAAUCUCAUUUGACGAAUUAUGAUGAUGUUAAUAAGUUAACAUAUAUCGAUACGUGUAAAGAAGAGCAAGAAUUCAUCAUACAUCAUAAUUACAUUUAUCUAAAUGAAAAAUAUUGGAAUGAUCCAAAAUCAUUCAUUCCAGAAAGAUUCAUUGAUGUUAAUAAUAUCGUAAAAAAUAGUUAUAAACUAUUUGGUAAUGGAGUUAAAGAAUGUCCUGGAAAAUAUUUACUAUCAAAAUAG